GGUCCCACUGAGGUGGUAUGUCUUGUUCUUUUUUUCAUUCCUCUUCAGUUCAAUGCAGAGUUGGCCAUGGGGCUGUUUACGUUGUUCACUGUGGGCGCAUUUUCAUUCUUAGUAUUCGUAUCUGCUUCUCCAUACAAGGAAUCGCUCAAAGCAGCUAUCAAAAAUGGUACUUUGGUGGAGAAGGAAGGAGAAGUGCAGGAAUACAUCAUGUCAUGGGAAGAGGCGGUCAUAGAGGAGGCAGAGGAAAGGAAGGCAGCGAUGGCGAGAGGUUCGUUGUACAGCUUCGUACCCGAUCGUCACUCAAGACCCCGGGAAAAUAUGAAAGCUCUUAAAGGACGCUUGACCGAGGCAGGGCUGUCUUUUAAAGAGAUGGCAGAUCUGUUCAUGACCACCGGUGAUACGUUCGACGACCUCACGAGCGAGGAAAACAAUCAGAGCGGGGAACGACCACAAGACAGAAGUUGGGUGAGUGGGCAAGGUCAAGGACAAAAGAAACAGAACGGAAAUGGUCACCGCAGCAGGACAAAGCGCGCGAUCACCCCCUCUGAGUAUUACAGAUGGGAUUAUGGGAUAGUGCCGUAUAUGUUCACUGAGAGUACAGGUGAAAACAACCAGAAGGAGAUUAGAAGAUCCCAGAUGACGUUUGAGCGUCUGACGUGUUUGCGUUUUGUUCCGUGGGUCAACGAGUCCGGAGUGACAACUAACGACCGACUGGGUCUUGGACAUCAGGGUCACCUGAGAUUCGUGGUCGGCGGAGGAUGUUGGUCUUUUCUGGGAAACCUUAGGAAAUCAAGUGGUCAGCAAAUAUCGUGUUGCAGUGGAAGCACCUGCAUUCACGAGAUAGGGCAUGCAGUGGGUAUGCACCACGAGCAACAAUCACCAUCAGCGGACCGGAAUUGGAUGAUUAGAAUCAACCCUGAAAACAUUCAAGAUGGUGACUAGAGACGCUUUUCCCGGGACAUAGAUCUAACUUAGAUUUAUUGAGGAAAGAAUCUCUUCAUCAAGAGUGUGAGAGAGAGAGAGAGAGAGAGAGAGAGAGAGA